CAAAAGACUACCCAAAAUUAAAUACGGACACCAUUGAACACUAUGUGGGUCCGGUUGUGGCUACUGUUCACAGUUUCCAGUGUUUUGUCGCAGCACAUGAAUAAUGCGGGGUUACAACAAGAUGGCGCGGCGUUCGGUUGGGGCUGGCAGUUGUCACCGCUGGGGCAAAGCAGCACCGUAGGACGUUAUUAUGUCAAACUACCACAGUCGGAGCAACAAGUCAGUUACACAGCAGAUAGUAGCGGCUAUCACGGCGCGGCGCACGUGGCCACCACCGGCAGCCACAGUACACACUCCGCUAGCGUCGCUCUCGGCCAGAAGGCCAUAGACCUCAGUCAUCAGGCCCAAAAUAUUUUCGAGAACGCCCAAACGCAGAACAACACACAGCUCCCAGCGCCGCCAAGUAACGACAUCUACCCGCUCCAGCCGCAAUACUAUCCUUACAUGCCGCAACAAACCGAGCCGGCACUAACGACCCCCAACUACCAGGGGUACCAACUACAGUACAACGACCCCCAGGGGGAACACUCGAACCCUCUUCCCAAAGAGGACCCCAACGAGUACCGCCCUCAAGUCAUACAAGUCUUCAAAGACCACAACUGCUCAAUAGAAGAAACAACUAAAGAUCUACUGAAUGAUCUAAGGAAAUCCAACGAUUUGUUUUCUGAGAUACCCUCUUAUGAUAUGCAAGAUAUUCACAAUUUUGGAGCGACUAGCAAUCCUUAUUACAGAGGGGCAGUCAACUUUAGAGUUGAAACCCCCAGACCUCAUGCUCGUAACGAAAGAUAUUAUUUCUAUUCAACUACUGAACCACCUGCUGCUGAAUAUACUGAAAAUGCAACACAGGAAGGUAUCGAUAAACUAGUCGCUUCAACACAAGAUCUGAUAUCGAAUGAAGAUUUGUUGUUCAUCAAUCAUGCUGCAGAAAAACAAGUGAAUGACCAAUCAGAUGAUAUUAUCAAGCCUCGACCAAGAAGUCUGUUUAGAAACAAUGAUCAUGCUGGUCAGGAUAGUAGACCGAAUCAAAUAACAGUAAAGGCUAAAAUAUCAAACAUUGUCAAAGGUGAUGAACAUUUAGAAAAUGACAGAUCGAAAGAUCAAAUCUUACAUUCCAACUCAAAUGAAUAUAAUUUCGCAACCCCCAUUGUGGUGCAAGACAAUUCUUACAACGAUUUCAAGGAACAGAUAGUCGAAAACCUAGUUUCUACAAUGGUUCCUUAUAUGACGAAUGGUUAUCAAAUCGUAGCCGUUAAAGAUAAUUCAGAAGAUAAUAACACAGACACAGAUUAUAAUUCAAACUCAGAUAGUGGAGAACUAGUUAAUGUUACUCCGAGACCAAUUAAUCAGAAUUAUUUAGCGCCUAUCACAGUAGCAUUGAGAUUACUCAAUGCAAACGAUACAGACUCCUUCAACUCUUUAGAAGAUCACGAAGCUUCAGACAGUGAACCAGUUCCUGAAACUGUACACAAACCAAAAGAAAAGACGACAGUUGAAGUACAGCAGUCAAUUCCAGUUGAAAUCACUCACAUUAAUGAUAUAGAAGUACAUGAAUACAUAGAUAUUGAUGAAGAAGGCCGCAGCAGUAAAGGACCUUUUGAUGUUGCGAAAUCAUUGUACAAUAAAUAUGUUGACUCUUUAAGGUCGUCAAAGAAGAUUCAAGAAAACAUGAAUAAAUUGUUAUACAAAUAUGGCACGAUGAAAGACAAUAAUGAUGAACAUAAUGAUGAUUUUAUACAGAAGGAACAGUUGGAGGACAGAACAGAACAGGAGCCAAGCGAGAAUGUUCAAUCAACUGUUGAAGUAAGUCCGAAUGGACUAGAUACAAACACCCAGAGGAGUGAACAACAUCAGUAUUAUAACUACGGUAGUGAUCAGCAGAAGAUAAUUCAACCGAUUAUUAUUGAAAAAGAAGUGCCUGUUACCAAAUUCGUUGAUAGAUUUAUUGAAAAGAAGGUACUUUAUCCUCAACGUGUGGAAGUAAAAGUACCCGUAGAUAGACCUGUCCCUGUAGAGGUACCUGUCGAAAAAAUUGUUGAAAAACCUGUAGAAGUAACAAAAUACGUUGAUAAACCCUACCCGGUUGAAGUACCCCGGCCAUAUCCCGUUGAAGUCAAAGUGCCUUACCCGGUUGAGCAAAAAGUGUAUGUAGAUCGUCCGAUACAUGUUCCCUACCCGGUUGAGAAAGUGGUAGAAAAACAGGUAUUACACCCGGUUCCCAUUCCGACUCCCGUUGGGAUUCCAUACGAAGUUCCAGUACCGGUUGAACACAAAAUACUUUAUCCUGUACCUGUGGACAGGCCAGUUCCCGUCAGAGUGGAAGUAGAGAAACCUGUUGACAGAAUAGUUAACAGACAAGUGCCUGUCCCAUACGCAGUAGAGAAGAGAGUUCCAUACCCAGUCCAUUACGAAACCAGAGUUCCUGUACCGUAUCCCGUGGAGAAAAGAAUACCAGUUCCUGUAGAAAAGAUAGUAGAAAAACCCGUUACAAUAACUAAGUAUGUUGACAAACCUAUUCAUAUUCAAGUGCCUGUACCUCAACCGGUUGCAGUCCCAGUCCACGUUCCCCAACCUUAUCCGGUGGACAGAAUAGUAGAACGACAAGUACCCUACCCGGUUCCCGUAGACAGGAUAGUGGAAAAAAAAGUCCCUGUACAAGUGCCUUACCCAGUCGAAAAAGUAGUUGAGAAAAUUGUUGAAAAACCAGUAGUUGUAACCAAAUAUAUCGACAAACCUUAUCCAGUUGAAAAGAGGGUUCCUUAUCCAGUGGAGAAGAUUGUUGAGAAGAAAGUACCCUACCCUGUUCAAGUGCCGGUGGAGGUAAAAGUUCCCUACCCGGUUGAAAAAUACAUUGAAAAACCGGUUCCAGUACCAGUUUACCGACACGCGAACGAAUAUCAAUCAGAUUCACAGAAUAUCGCUCAAUACCAAAAAUAUAGGAAUGAAAACUAUAAGAACGAAAAUUAUAAGAAUGAUAAAAACAAAUGGUCUUCGAAUCAUCAGCAGUCUUAUCUCGCAAAUUAUUACCAGCAGAUUAAGGAAAGGCAAAAACAGCCAGUUCAAUCAACCCCAUGGGGGAACCAGUAUGCUUCCUCGUACCAAUAUAUUAACAACACCUCGGGGAGCAAACCAGAAAUAAAAAAGUCUAACAAUCAGCCAAAUUACUUGGCGUUUCUAACAGAUAGCAAUAUUGAGACUGUAGCGAGUCAGUACUUUGGGCCCGUGCCGAUGGAGAAUCAAGAAGAUUGGUGGCCAAAUAACAACAAAAAUUACGUCGUGGAACUCAAAAUGAGAAGAGCUGAUAGAGAACCUAAAGUUAAUAAUUUGAGGAUCGAGUAUGGAGGCUUCAAGCCUCCUUUAAUACCAAGCACGGAGGUUGAUUUAGAUGGCAUGCCUAUUAAUAAAAACUCGUGAGGAGACAAGACGAAAAUUCAAUGACAAAAAUUAGAUGGUGCCUUUGAUGAUGGCCCAAAUUGUGAUGUGUUAAAAGCAUGAAAAAUGUAGUGAAAGAUUAGAAGUGAUGAGAAAGAUACCAUCACAUUCAUUUGAUACUAAAACAAAAACAAACGUACCUUCUAAAUAACUCAUUUAGUCUGUAAUUCAUUGUAAAUUACUUUUAGUCAUUCUAGAAUUUACCCUGAAAAGGGGGUACUUAAUUAAAUAAUUCAGUAUUUCUUUAGUUAAAUGUGUCAUAAUUUUAGUUACUAUUCUAAAUAUUAUUGUUUAUUGAAAGUUAAGUUUUAGAUACUUGUAUUUAAAAGAUUAUUUCAGUGAUUCUAAGUUUUAGGUCGAGAAAAGUAAGAAAAAUAGUGCUUAUACAGAAAUUGUCUGU